GGUUGCGCGUCAUUGUGUUCCUUUUAUUUGUAGUUAGGAUUCAAAAUUUAACAGCUUUAAUAAUGCCCGUAAGGAAAGCCGUGCACGCGGGCAGCUGGUACUCAGAUUCAGGGCCCGAAUUGUCCAGACAAUUAGACUAUUGGCUUAACCAGGCCGAUGUGACGCACGGCCCUGCCAGGGCAAUUAUAGCCCCUCACGCUGGGUACCAAUACUGUGGCGCUUGUGGUGGGCACGCCUACAGACAAAUAAGUCCAGUUGUUGUCCAGAAAAUUUUUAUCCUGGGCCCUUCCCAUCAUGUCCGUUUAACUGGUUGUGCCUUGAGUGCUGUCAAAAAAUACAAAACACCACUCUAUGAUCUUAAUAUAGAUACUGCAGUUAAUAAAGAAUUGGAAAUGACGGGUCAAUUUGAAUGGAUGGAUGUUGACACCGAUGAAAAUGAACACAGCAUUGAAAUGCAUUUACCAUACAUUGCAAAAGUCAUGGAAAAUUACAAAAAUCAAUUUACGAUAAUACCAAUAUUGGUUGGAUCUCUUACUCCAGACAGAGAGGCAUACUAUGGUAGAAUCUUGUCCUCCUAUUUAGCAGACCCUAAGAAUUUAUUUGUUAUUUCUUCUGAUUUCUGUCAUUGGGGACAAAGGUUUAGAUUCACACACUAUGACAGGUCUUAUGGCAGCAUCUACCAAUCUAUCGAAGGCUUGGAUAGACUAGGUAUGAGUAUCAUAGAAAACUUAAAUCCAACUGAAUUCACGAAUUACCUCAAAAAAUAUGGCAAUACUAUAUGUGGGAGACAUCCCAUUGGAAUUUUACUACAAGCAAUACAAGAACUUCUUCGUAAUGACAACAGUCAGAACGUCAGCCUUAAAUUUUUAAGAUAUGCCCAAUCAAGUCAAUGUCGUAAUAUGAACGACUCGUCGGUUAGUUACGCUUCUGCAGCCCUUGUGAUCGAAUAGUCGACUGGUGGCCUUAUUGACUUUCGGAACUCGUUAACGGCAACUUUUUCUUUGAAUUUAAUCGCUAAAUAUUAAGCUUUAUUUAAUUUUCCCCUUUUUUUUUGUUUUGAGCAUCCCUGUAUAUGAAACUCGAUGCGUAGUCUCGAAUUUAAAAUAAUAUACCCAAUGUGUUUUUCUACUUUUCUCAUCAAACAAGUCGAAUUUGUUUUUAUUCGUCGAAUUUUCUCACUUAAUUUUGAUGGGAAUUGUAACUUUUUACAUAGAAUUAAGUAGUGUUUAGUCUACUGGGAAAUAGGUUUGUUCCAGCGCCGUCGUCAACCGUACCGCCGUACAGUGUUGGAACAAAGAUCAUGCCGUUAAUUUUUUGUAAUUUUUAAACUAAUUUAUUGUUUAUUAUUAUCAUUAUGAGACCAAUUUCGAUUAUUAAUUAUUUUGAUUGUAAAUAGUUUUCCCAGUAAUAUUGAUUAAAUGUAUUCGCUGAAUAAGACUGUAAAAUGCAAAAUAUUUGCUUAUCAUGAAGUUACACACCUUGCAAAUAUUUUUCGUUUUCUAUACUUACAAAUUAUACUUAAAUGGUUUUGUUACUAUAUUUUUUAUAUGAUUUUAUAUUAACGCAAGAUAAUUUUAUUUUAGUUUAUUUAGUAUAAUUAUAUACAUAAAUGGUUUAUUAGAUCUUACACAAAGGAUUGUGAUUUUUUUAUUAAUUAUUGAUUUUUUUUUGUUUUCGC